GAAACGGGAAACUGAAAACAGUGAAAACUUAAAGUGAGGUUAUGUUAUGGUUAGUGGUUAUGUUAUGGUAUGGUAGGGCCUAAGAAAGAAGGCAAUGGUUUUAUUUGAAAACACAAGACACUUUUUUUUUAAUGUGAUAAGUUAUUUACAAAUGGUUUACUGAAUAAAAAAGGGAUAGGCUAGUAAAAAGUUUUUAGGUGAGUUGUGGGAACUGAAUUUUUACCGUGUUUUAAGAUUUGGCAGGAAUACUGUACUUGUAAACAUGUCAACUGUAACCACAUCACCAAACAGGAUUAAUACUAAAAUGAAGCCUGUAGUCAAACCUGUCAUCAGAAUCAAAAGCCCUAAAAGUGAAAUCAAGUUUUUUCAGGUUCACAAACUUAUAAAUGAAAAAAUUGCAUCACCACCAGAAAUCACAAUUCGAGGAGGCAGUGGACCCCCCACUUCUGAUGACAAUGAAAACAAAAUCUACCAGGCUUGGAAUAGGCUAAAGAUUAAUGCACUGUCUAAAGCAAUCGCAAUUGCUCCUGAUGUUGUAAACUGCACAAUCGGCCCUCAUUCCCACUCCACAGACACUCCUGAUUUUGAAUCCAUUGACAAUGAAAAAGUCGACUUACAAAAUGUUGUUACCUCUACACCUUUAAAAUCAAACGAGAGAAUAAAAGUAAAAAAAAUUGAGGAUUCUGUUGAUUGCUACAAAAGUGAGACAUUUAACAUUUCACAAAUAAUACAUGACUCGAAUGUUUCUCCCACGAGUUAUGAAGUAGAUCAGUUGACACUGCUGAAAAACGAAUGCUUGAAGAAUAUCGAAACUCAGAUUGUCAAAUGCGGUGAGAGAAAAAAACAGCAGCAGAUUAAAAAGUGGUUAGAAAAUGAUGCCAAGAUCAAAGAAAAAUUACAGGCCCAGAAAAUCGAAAUGGACCGAGAAAUGCUUAUACGUAUACAAAAUCUGUACAUAGAGUCUCAAAAGUUUGUCACUGAGGGUAAAGAGUCUUCUCAAAAAGUUAAAAACCAGGAGUUACAGCAGAGUAAAUCAGAUCAUGAUAAGAGAAUUGCAGAAACAAGUGAACGACUGAAGCAGAUAGAACAGAAACGAAAAGAGCUAGAAGAAAAACAGAAGAAAAAAAGAGAAGAGCUAAAACGAUGUAUUGAAGGAAUAUUCCAAGUCCAAGUCGCGUAUGGACUAAAGUACAACCAGAUAUCAGAAGUGACAAAAAAAUGCAAAAAUGGGCAGCUUCUGUACACAAAAAUUUCCAGUGACCAUCAAAAGUUAAAGGAAAUGGGCGAAACAUUAACAAAACUUGUUGACAAAUGUGGGGAAGGAAACGUCACCCCGCAAGAUUUGAAGUUAGCUGAAAAUCUUGUACAACAGAUCACAGUAAUAGCUGAUACGUUUUCUAAACAUGUUGGACAAAUUAAUGCUACGAUGGACAAAGCUGAAGAAGAGAAGAAAGAUGAGAUUGAGAAGGUGCUGCGAAUAAAACAGGUAGCGGCUGAAAGAGAACAAAGGCAAAAAGAAGAGAAUGAGAAAAUUGAAAAAGAGAAGAUGGAAAAUGAGAAACCAAAAGAGGCGGAAAGUUCGGGAAGACAGGUGAGAAGUGUAGAUGACUGCUUUAGUGCUGAGUGUUUGAAGUGGCAUCUGGGGCUGAGGAAGUAUUUGGACGACUACGAGAAAAAACUCCAACCUCUAAUUACUAACGAGUCUUUGAAAAAGUUCCGAUUUGACUGCCAAAAAGUUGUGAACGUGCCUGUCAACGCAAUCUCCCCACUGGACGACCUACAUCUAGAGGAUAAGUGGUACAAACUGUCCCGUCUACUGCAGGGUCAGGCUGUACCUCUUGGAACAACAAUGUUCCUAGCCACUGGUCAUCCCCUGGGAGUUGCCUACUGUACUAACCUGCUCGCCAAGAAGUUGGUGAAACAAGGAGAGCACACAGUGUCUAGCAAGCCAGAGGCAGCGUUUGCUAUAGCAGCCGUCAUUGUGUCACUGUGGGCGCAGUUCCCUGAGCUGGGGCGACUGUUGUUGGCUCACUUCCAUCGAGAAUGUCCCUACCUCAUACCAGCCUUCCUACCACAAACUGAGGGACAGUCAGAUCAGGAUUACUACAAGAUGUUAGGAUAUCAGUACACGGAGGAUGGCAAGGUAGAGCCACAGAACAAAUUUCUACGCAGAAUGUCCGGUGUGAUGCGGUUGUACGCUGCCAUCUUGGUUACGCCACUCAAGCGCUCCCUAGCAUCCAGGUCCAUGUCACACCCCUACGGCAUGCAGGAAGCAUGGCGAUGGCUGGCGGCAUCACUCAAUCUUAAACCCCGUCCUGACAUCAGUGCUACACUCAUCUUGGAUUUCCUAGAAGUCACCGGAUUUCUGUUCUUUCGUAUCUACGGUCUUCAGUUCACCAAAUUGCUUCACGUCUUGUGUGCUGAUUACUUCCCACUCAUUGAAAAGAUCACACCAGAUGAAUGCGGGGGUCCAGUGGUGAGGUUAAAGAACUUCCUGGAGAAGGUUCUCAAGGAAGGAGAUGUUUCUCCUCCCAAUGGUCUGCUUCCACCUAACUUCUGGUAGUGCAAGACUAGACAGCUGGUCAGUUAGUUUUCAUGUAAAACAGAGCAAAAACUUCAAAAGAGGUCUUCCGUUAUAUAUUUGUGUAAACUAGUUGACUCUGGAGUGUACUCAUACAUUAAUAAGCUGAGGUAAUGAUGUUCAUCAUAUUUAAAUUUAGUUAUCACUUGAUGCAGUAAGAAUAUAUUAAAUUUAGUUAUAAUUUGAUACAGUAAAGAAUAAAACUGUAGUUUUCAUAAUUUGUACUCACACAAUCCAGAUUAAGGUGUGAAUUACCCCUUAGUCAUAAUAUUGGAUGCUGUAGUAAUAGUUAGAUAUUACUUUCUCGCGUACAUGUGGAUGUUAUUUAAUCAUGUAUAUUGUUGUAGUAUUUAUUGUACAUAUCCAUUUCAUAUUGUUGAAUAAAGACAUUUUUAUACAAA